UUUAAUUCCAAAUUAGAACUCUAAUUAAAGUGGUUUCAUGCCCAUAAAUCCAUUUUCUCACUUUUGUAAAAAUGUAUAUAUAAGUGGCUCUCCUUAACAUUAUGCAUCCUUCUUUCUCCAUCAUUUCCAAAACCCCAGUCAUAUCAACGAAAUCCCAAACUCACCAUUUACCUUAUGCAUGAGAUAACAUACACACAACACCACAGUUUAAACGCACCGUUUCAACUUUCAAAACUCACAUCGGUUAGAAGAGACAACAUUUUUUCGAAAUUACCAAAAUGGGCACCAUUCGAAAACUCAUAGUAGAAGUAAUAGACGCACAAAACCUUGCCCCCAAGGACGGUCACGGAACUUCAAGUCCUUACAUCGUAGUUGACUUUUACGGUCAAAGAAGAAAAACCCGAACCGCGGUCCGAGACCUGAACCCGGUUUGGAACGAAACGCUGUCGUUUAACUUUGGCGAACAUAAUGAAAUUUUCGGCGACGUUUUGGAACUCGACGUUUAUCACGAUCAGAAAUACGGACCGACUCGGAGGGAAAACUCACUGGGUCGAGUUCGACUUGGUUCAACUCAGUUCGUUAGAAAAGGCGAAGAAGCUUUGAUUUAUUACGAGUUGAAGAAGAAAAAUUUAUUCAAUAUGGUUCAGGGUAAAGUUGGCUUGAAAAUUUACUAUGUUGAUGAAGAAAUUUCUCCGGCACCGGCGCCAGUGUCGGAAAAUUUAACAUCACCACCGGAGGAGAAGAUAGAGGAAGCAAAGAUCAACGACAAAGACGAAACUAAAACCUUGCCGGAGAAAGUGGAACUACCACCAGCACCGCCGUCGGAACCACUUCCGGCAGGUGAAAAGCCUAAUGAAGAGUUACCGGAGAAAGAAAAAACCGAACCCCAACCACCACCACCAUCACCAGAAGCUGAAUCCGAACCUAAGGCCGAACCAGAAUCUCAACCGCCAAAAGAAGGUGGUGAUCCGGUGGAUGCGUUACCACCAGAAGUAUUUGAAAUGGCAACUGCAUCUAUUUCGAGGUCAAAUUCUGAAAUAAGAUUCAACGGUCCACAGCCGAUAAGAAGAUCUGCAUCGAUGGCUAGUUUUACAUCAGAAGCUUCUGUUGAUAGCAUGUUGAUCGAACGAUCCUCGUUUGAUCUCGUUGACAAGAUGCAUUACCUCUUCGUUCGCGUAGUUAAAGCGCGUUACUUGCCAACAAACGGUAAUCCUAUAGUGAAAAUUGCAGUUUCCGGUGACCAUGUUAGUUCCAAACCCGCACGCAAAACAACUCUAUUCGAAUGGAACCAAACAUUCGCAUUCUCCCGCGACGCACAUGAUUCUUCACCUAUACUUGAAAUCACGGUUUGGGACCCACAAAUAGUUGCUGACGUGGACGGGCGAGAUUUACUUGGUGGAGUUUGUUUUGACGUGAAUGAGAUCCCAGUGAGGGAUCCACCAGAUAGUCCUCUUGCACCACAAUGGUAUAGAAUGGAAGGUGGUGGGGCCCAACAUGGUGAUUUAAUGAUUGCCACGUGGAUUGGUACACAAGCUGACGAUUCAUUUUGUGACGCGUGGAAAAGUGAUACUUACAAUCACGUGAAUUCAAAAGCCAAAGUCUAUCAAUCACCAAAGCUAUGGUACCUUCGGGUAACUAUUCUUGAAGCUCAAGAUAUAACACCGUCAACACCAUUAAAAGAAGCAUGGUUUCAAUUUCAAGUCAAAGCACAAUUUGGAUUUCAGGUCUUAAAGUCCAAAACAGCCGUUACAAAAAACGGCGUCGUUUCAUGGAACGAAGAUCUUCUCUUUGUAGCAGCAGAGCCAAUAACCGUAAGUGACUAUAUUGUUUUUAGUUUGGAAAACCGGCAACCGAAAGCACCGGUAACAAUGGGUGUUGUGAGAAUACCAUUAACAUCAGUUGAGAGAAGAGUUGAUGACCGGAACAUCGGGUCACGUUGGUUCACAUUCGAAGAUCCAAAUAAUGAAAAGAAAAACGGUUACAAAGGGAGGGUUCACUUACGGUUAUGCUUUGAUGGAGGGUAUCACGUGAUGGAUGAAGCAGCUCACGUGAGCAGUGAUUACCGGCCAACAGCAAGACAACUUUGGAAACCACCGGUUGGAACUAUCGAACUUGGCAUCAUUGGUUGCAAGAAUUUGAUACCGAUGAAAACGAUAAACGGUAAAAGCUCCACCGAUUGUUACUGUGUUGCGAAGUACGGUAGCAAAUGGGUACGAACAAGAACCGUUUCAGAUAAUUUGGAACCAAAGUGGAAUGAACAAUACACGUGGAAGGUUUUCGAUCCUUCUACCGUUUUAACAAUUGGAGUUUUCGAUAGUUUUUCAGUUUUUGAAUUCGAAACUAACGAAUCAACGAGACCUGAUUUUCGUAUAGGUAAAGUACGAAUACGUAUAUCUACACUUCAAACGGGUCGUGUGUAUAAAAAUACGUAUCCACUAUUGCUACUUACUCAUGUUGGUUUAAAAAAGAUGGGGGAGAUUGAGAUAGCAAUAAGAUUCGUUCGGACAGUUCAACGGUUGGAUUUUCUCCACGUGUACUCACAACCGAUGUUGCCGUUGAUGCAUCAUAUAAAACCAUUGGGUGUGAUUCACCAAGAGAUGUUGCGAAAUACGGCGGUGAAAAUGGUGGCGGGACAUCUUUUGAGAUCGGAACCACCGUUGAGGAAAGAAGUUGUGUUUUAUAUGCUCGAUGCUGAUUCACAAAAUUUUAGUGUUAGGAAGGUGCGUGCGAAUUGGUAUAGGAUAAUUAAUGUGGUUGCGGGUUUGAUUGAGAUUGUGAGGUGGAUAGAAGAUACACGUGGAUGGAGGAAUCCAACGGCCACAAUUCUUGUUCACGCUUUACUUGUAAUGUUGGUUUGGUUUCCUGAUUUGAUUGUCCCGACGUUGGCUUUUUAUGUGUUUGCUAUUGGCGCGUGGAACUAUAGGUUUCGUGCGCGUGAUCCUCUUCCGCAUUUUGAUUCGAAGAUUUCACUUGCUGACGUGGUAGAUAUGGAGGAGUUGGAUGAGGAGUUUGAUAUGGUGCCGAGCACUCGAUCUAAUGAAGUGGUGCGUGCGAGGUAUGAUAAGCUGCGCACGCUCGGGGCGCGAGUGCAAACUGUGUUGGGGGACUUGGCAACGCAAGGGGAGCGUGUGCAGGCAUUGGUGACGUGGCGUGAUCCAUGUGCCACUGGGAUAUUUAUUUUUUUGUGUUUGAUUGUGGCCAUGAUAUUGUAUUUGGUACCUUCGAAGAUGGUGGCUAUGGCUUGUGGAUUCUAUUAUCUUCGCCAUCCUAUCUUUCGUGAUCGAUUACCGUCACUGGGGUUGAAUUUUUUUAGAAGACUCCCUUCAUUAUCUGAUCGGAUUAUGUAAUUUUAUUUUUAUUUUGGAAGAGUAAGAAAUUAAUUCGAUGUGAGAGAAUUUGAUAGUCAUAUAAUAUAGUUUAUAUAGAUGUACCAUAUUGUGUGGAAAAGUAACAUAAAUUGAGUGAGCUGCUUACAUAUUUCUCUAUUUUAUAUCGAUAAUUCUUUAGUUUUGUUAAACUUUGAUGGAUUGGUUGUUGCAUUGAAGAGUAAUAGAUAUGAAGUUGUCUACCAAUUAUUUGAAGCUGGUUAGAUUGAUCUUUGAGAGUGGAAUUGUCAGCGCAUCUUGUGGUUGUAAUGUCCACACCCUUGGAAGGAUACUUCAAUAGCCAUUUGUAAGUGGCUAUUACCCUUAUAUUAA